AUGACUCGUGCAUCUGUUCUGUUCCUAGUUACUCUUCUAUUUCAACAAUCUAUCGAUCUGAGUGAAGCAGUAACGUGCGCAAGUAACCCAUGUCAACUAGUGCCAGGUGCGUUCGAUGGAUUAACUGGCUAUUGUUGCUAUGAUUUGCCACCGAACUAUAAUACAGUUUUAUGCACAUGUCCGAAUAACAUUCAAUCUGUGGUCAAUGCACCUUGUCGUACUGUCAAUCCAUUGCAAGCAGCAUGUACGAAAACAUGUGUCAACAGUGGCGUUUGUAACGUUGUGAACGGUCAGCAAGUUUGUUGGUGUCAAUUGGGUUUUAGCGGUGAACAUUGUGAAAUUCAAGGCAUAUCCACACGUUGCUAUGCAGGUUUAUGUCAAACUGGAACAUGUUUCGAGCAAACAAUCGGAGCCACCACCUAUGCUUACUGCAAUUGUGCACCGGGAUAUCGCGGAGUGAAUUGCAAUCAAUGUUACUUUACAUGCACACGACAAGGUGUUUUCCCUGAUACAGCACAAUGUGGCAUCGGUCGAUAUUUUUACUGUCCACAACCAUUCGGUGCUCCGCUCUCUGCGACAUGUCCUGCCGGACAGAAAUUCAACCGUUUUACAAGUCAAUGUGAUAGCACAUAUCAAUGCACAUAA